GAAAAGUUUUGGACAGGAGACUCCCCCAGACCUCAAGCCUCAAAUGAAGGAAAAGAUUAAUUGGAGCUCAAAAACCCUUAAGCUUAUCGAUAAUUGUUGUACAGGAGAAAACUUCGGCUUGGAGCUCCGAACCCAUUAAUGUCUCCUUGAAGAAAAUAAAAAUUUCGGUAACCCGAAUCAGCUACAUAGCCAGUCUACAGAACUGCAGGCUGCAGCUCCUGCUCUUCGCUCUUCGGCGGCACUUCUUCUUUCUCCGUUCCAUUCUAUUAUGCUGCAUUGAUUGACAAAACUUCAGGUCACCUCAUUCCCACCCACCUGAUAUGCUUUCACUCUGAUAUGCAUCAGAUAUUGGGUGCGACACGCCUCGCGUACCGUGCUCAAAUCUCUAGACUUGUGAAAGCUGGCCUUAUCGACCGUGCAAUUCAGGUGUUCGAUGAAAUGACCCGAUCAAAUUGCCGCGUUUUCAGUGUCGACUACAACCGCUUCAUCGGUGUAUUACUCUGUAAAAACCGAUUCGACCUAGCUGAGCACUACUACAAGGAAAUGAUCCCACAGGGUUUUUCUUUGACCCCAUUUACUUGUUCGCGGUUUAUCUCUGGCUUAUGCAGAAUUGGUGAUUUCGCUUUCAUUGAGAUUAUACUAAGGGACAUGGAUAGACUAGGCUACGUGCUCGAUAUCUGGGGUUUUAAUAUUUAUCUGUGUCUUUUGUGUCGUGACAAUGAAGUAGAGUUAGCUCUUAAGGUGUUUCAUAGUAUGAUAGCGAGAGGGAGAAACCCUGAUGUAGUUUCUUAUACUAUAAUUAUCCAUGGAUUGUGUAAAGUUGGGAAGUUCGAUAAUGCCAUUGAGAUUUGGAGGGACAUGAUUCGUAAAGGGCUUUAUCCAGAUACUAAGGCGUGUGCGGCCCUUGUUGUUGGGUUGUGUGAUGGUGGCAAGGUUGAUUUGGCGUAUGAGAUGAUUGUUGAUGUUAUGAAGGGUGGGAAAGUAGAGUUGAGUACAUUGGUUUGUAAUGCAUUGAUCGCUGGAUUCUGUAGAGCAGAUCGGAUUGACAAGGCACUAGCAAUAAAGUUGUUUAUGACAAAGAAUAGAUGUCUUCCUGAUUUGGUUACCUAUAAUAUAUUGUUGAAUUAUUGUUGUAAUAAAGGGAUGUUGGAGGAAGCAGAUAAGUUGAUGAUAAAGAUGAGGAGGAGUGGAACAGAGCCUGAUGUGUAUAGUUAUAAUCAACUUCUUAAGGGGCUUUGUAAAGCUAACUAUCUAGAUAAAGCUUAUUCCUUGAUGGUGAACAAGAUGGAGGUAAAAGGCUUGGUUGAUGUUUUUUCAUAUAAUACCAUUAUUGGGGCGUUUUGCAAGAGAUCCCAAACUAGGAGGGCUUACAAGUUGUUUGAGGAAAUGGCUAAGAAGGGGAUUGCAUCCGAUGUGGUAACUUUCACAAUUCUUAUUAAGGCAUUUCUUAGAGAAGGUAAUGCCAAUAUCGCAAAGCAACUUCUUGAUCAAAUGACAAGGAUGGGGUUAUUGCCUGAUCGUAUAUUUCACACUACAAUUAUUGAUCAUCUAUGCAGAAGUGGGAAAACCGAGGUGGCACGUAGUGUUUUCAGUGACAUGGUAGAGCAGGGUAUCACUCCAGAUGUGGUUUCAUACAAUGCCCUUAUCAAUGGACUGUGCAAGUCCUCUAGAGUAACUGAAGCUAUGUGUUUAUAUGAGGAGAUGCAACAUAGGAGAUUUUAUCCUGAUGAAGUAACUUUCAAAUUACUUAUUGGAGGGCUUUUACGGGAAAAGAAUAUCCCAGUUGCUUGCAAGGUGUGGGAUCAGAUGAUGGAGAGGGGCUUCACUCUUGACAGAGCUGUCUCUGAGAUGCUGAUAAAUGCUAUUGGUUACAGAGAUGCUGCAUGAACAGGAAAUUUUUUGUAUCUUACACCUUCCAUAUUCCUAUUUGCUUUUCUUUAUGUAUGUGAUGCUGAAUAUUCCAUGGUUAACCCAUUGCCGAAAUUAACAUUUGUGGUUCGGUAGUCUUUUACCAGCAAAAGUGCUGUCAGAGUUGUCACAAUUGUUCAUAUGGUCCAUCUGGUUUAUAAGCUUUGGGUGUCAAUAGUAUUCUAGAGUUGUUAUCCUAUAAAAAUGCUUCAAUACUUAAAAAUGAACUUUGAUGGGGAAAAUAAUAGCGUGAAAUUGAUAAUCCUGGGUAUCUUUCUAAUAGCAUUUUUGGGGUGCAAAAAUUGCAUGUAAUGAAACUUCAUAUUUUCAGACAUAAAUUUAUUACAUUGGUGUUGCAUUGCUCUAAAUGAGAUGUAUUUUUUCUUCUUCAGGCCUGCCCUGUUGCUACCCUAUUGCCCUUCCUUUGAAGCAUGAGAAAAGAGCUCUCAGGUUUGAGCAUAGCUUCCUUGUUUUUUAUAGUCUAGAUAUCUAUGCCAACCUUGAAAUUUUUCAUCGGGUACAAGCUUACAAGCUUGGUACCAAAGGAAGAUAAGCAGCGCAGCCCUGCAGAACAGUGCUACAACAGAAUAUCUUCCUUUUUCGUUUUUCAAAUGCUUGAACUCUAUAUCUCUGCUAUGCACAAGUCUUUGUCAGCUUUUGGGAAGCUAGAGAAUGCAAGCACUCUUUGGAGACAUCAAACUUCUAUCUUUUGUGAAUGCCAUUGCUUUUUGAUAAACCACAAGGAUCACCCACGUCCACCACGCCUCACGACCAAAUCCAAGAGGUAUCUUGACUGAGUAAAAGUACAUGUGCAGAAUGCAAGCAGAAUGUGCAAAAGAAGAAGAGAAACGUGCAGGAAAUGGAGUCUAGCUGUUAGCCAGAAUCAGCCACAAUCUUAUCUUUAAAGUUUAUCUUUUAUUUUGGUUUUCUUCAUAGUUUAGCGGUAUUUUAGUUAAAAGUUUUUGUAUCUAAGCACUCAAUUGCAGCAAUAAGAAUCACCUGAAUUUUGCAAACAGUUUGUGGUCAUUUCUCACCCAAACAAGAAGAAAUUUUCCUAUUUUCAAUAGGUUUCUGACCGGGACCUAUCGAUUGGUAUCAGAGUUAUGGCUACCAAUAAGGAAAAGAUAAAAAACUUGGAAGCAAGCGUGAACGGAAUGCAGGAUUAAUUCAGCUGGAUGGAGGUUGGCUUGUUCGACCGAAUGCUACAGCUCGAGAACACGGUCCGCCGGCUUACAGAAUCCCUGAUGCUCAACAGGGAAGGCACCAGUAGCAACACCGCCCGCCUUGGGUAGUUGUAUCCGCCUUGCCAAGAAGCACCUGUACGAGUAGAAGGGAGUAGACCCCUGCUCAAUUCCUGAAUCAGCAAAUUAGAAUUUUCGACGUUUGAUGGGGACGACCCGACUGAAUAGUGCAACCGUGCUGAUCAAUUCUUUGAAUUUCAUGGAACCAUCAACGACCAAAAAGUGGCCCUCGCUUCCUUCCACCUGACCGGCGAAGCCAACCAAUGGUGGCAGUUGCUUCGCCGUACAUACAGAGAAGAAAGAAGAGAAAUCACCUGAACUGCGUUUCAAAAGGAGCUAUGGGCCCUUGGGCCAACAGACUAUGAAGGCUUUGAUGAGACCCUGUCCCGAGUGAAACAAACCGGCCCACUGCGAGACUACCAAAAAGAGUUCGAAAAACUGGGGAACUGAGUACAGGCCUGGACCCAAAGGGCCCUUGUGGGCACGUUUCUUGGCGGGCUCAAGCCCGAGAUUGCGGAGGGAAUACGAAUGUUCCAGCCUAAGACCCUUAAAGAAGUUACCAGCCCGGCCCGCAUGAGGGAGGACCAGUUGAAUCGUCAGAAAUGAUUGGUCCGGUUCAGUUGCAACCCAAGCGGUCCACCAACGGAAACCCUAGUUCCUGCAACUACCCAACCUCGACGCCUCACCUAGAGCGAAGCUCAGAGCCGUCGUGCACAGGGCCUAUGUUACCACUGUGAUGAAAAGUACACCGCGAGCCACUGGUGCAAACGAUCUCAGCUUCUCCUUCUGGAAGGUAUUGACGACGAAGAAGAAGAAGAAACCAACGUCCCCGAUCCGGAGAUCUCCCUCCAUGCUCUGACAGGAUGGUCGAUCCCGAAAACGAUGAAGAUCCACGCCACCAUCCAAAAACAGAACUUUGUGGCUCUCAUCGAUAGCGGGUCAACUCACAAUUUCAUCAGUGAGCGGCUCCCCAAUUCACUGCAACUUCCCGUGGUGCCGACUUCACCGUUUCAGGUCAAGGUUGCCAAUGGCGACCCGAUGAGAUGCAGGGGGCGCUUUGAAGACAUUCCGGUGCUCUUAAACAAUAUUUCCUUCUGACUUACUCUCUUUGCUUUACCACUAAUCGGGUUGGAUAUGGUCUUAGGAAUAUAAUGGCUAGAGAGUUUGGGCCCAGUUUGCUGCGAUUAGAAAACCAUGACAAUGGAGUUUACCAAAAAUCAUCAGCUCCACUGACUGCAAGGCAUGUCGGUCGAACCCAUUCAACAGACCUCCGACGGUGCCAUGGCCAGAGAACUCAGCUGCCAGCCCUCCCUCUUUGCUCUUUGCAUGCUCGCAGAAACAGAGAAAACGGAGAAGAUAACAUCCAGGCUAGAAAUACAGGCUUUAUUGGAUGAAUUUCAAACACUCUUUCGCACUCUGGAUUCACUCCCACCUGCUCGGAAGAUUGACCACCACAUCGACCUUCGCGAUGGGAAUUAGUAAAUGUCCGCCCAUACCGGUACGCCUACUUUCAAAAGGCUGAGAUAGAAAAAAAGGUGGAUGAAAUGCUUUAGAGCGGGAUCAUCCAACACAGCACCAACCCCGUUUCAUCCCUAGUGUUGCUCGUACAGAAGAAAGAUGGCACCUAGCGAUUCCACACCGACUAUAGGGCCCUCAACGCGGUCACUAUCAAAGACUGGUUCCCUAUUCCAACCAUUGAUGACAUGCUUGUCGAGCUACAUGGUGCCACUUUUUUUACCAAACUUAACUUAACAGCUGGGUAUCACCAAGUCCGAUUACACCCUUCCGAUGUGUGUAAGACAGCCUUGCGAACUCACAGCGGCCACUAUGAAUACUUGGUGAUGCCCUUCGGCCUAUGCAAUGCUCCUUCUACAUUCCAGGCUCUCAUGAACGACAUGUUCUGUCCAUUCCUCCGUAAGUUUGUUUUGGUAUUUUUUGAUGAUAUUUUGAUUUACAGUACAACUUGGGCCCUCCACUUCGAUCAUGUGAGGCAGGUACUAGAAGUCCUAAAGCGAAAUCAAUCAUUUCUCAAGCAAAAAAAAUGUGAGUUUGGAUUGUAAGAGAUAAAAUAACUGGGGCACAUUGUCACCCAUAACGGGGUAAAAGUUGAUCAGAAGAAGAUUCAAGUUAUGACCCAUUGGCCUCCAUCAAACAACAUCACCGAGCUUAGAGGCUUCUUAGGCUUGACCGGAUACUACAGAAAAUUUGUGUGUAAUUAUGGGAUUCUGGCUCGACCACUGACCAAUCUAUUAAAGAAAGGGAAGUUUGAAUGGACACCAAAAGAUGGGGAAGCAUUUGAAAAUUUAAAGAAAGUUAUGACCACCACCCUGACAUUGGCUUUUACCCAACUUCAAAGAGCCUUUCACCAUUGAGACUGAUGCUUAAGGAGAAGGAAUUGGGGCUGUCCUCACUCAAAACGGACAAUCCAUAACCUAUAUGAGCGGAGCCCUCGGAAUAUCAAAGCAAUCUUGGUCGUCUAUGCAAAAGAGAUGUUAGCAAUAAUUAUGGUCGUACGACUCUGGAGACCCUACCUCCUUGGCCAUAAAUUUUUCAUCAAGACAGAUCAAAGAAGUCUCAAAUAUCUUCUAGGGCAGCACAUCACUACCCCAGAAUAAUAGAAAUGGAUGUCUAAGCUCUUCGGGUAUGACUAUAAGAUCCUCUACAAAUCAGGAAA